AUGGGUUGGUGGAAGAAGAAGAAGUCACGAGCCGUUGUUAAAGAGAAGACGUGGGACCAGGGCCGGCCCAGCAUAAACAACUGCCUAAAGCAAAAAAUGGUUUUGGCGCCCUUCUUCUCCGAGCUUUGUAUUAUAAGUGAUCCGAACCUGCCUCUGCUUCCCCAGCUUUAUGCCAGGGCCGGCGCUGCGUGGGACAGAGACCAAUGGAGGGGAGAGAAGAUUUUAGAAGCGUUAAUCCAAUGCUGUGAUGGCAAACCCAAUCCCAUAAAAUUCUUCACUGCUGAUCAAAUCCUCAAAGCCACUCAAAAACAUAUAUGCAAGUGUAGUAUCCUUGAAAGACGUAAAAGUAUCUGCGAGUGCAGUCGUGUUUCCGAAUUAUAUUUUCAUGGGAAAUGGUAUUCAGGUACGCUCGAUGACCAUCGCAUGAUUCUCCUUAGGAAAAUGAAGGGAAGAAGUCCACAUCCCCCUAGAGACAUCUGCUCUGGACCUCCUAAGGACGUAGCGAUAUCAUCGAUGGUGAGUGGUCACAAAAAUUUCAUGAAGUUGGUUGGGUGUUGUUUUGAGUUUGAGUAUCCAGUCAUAGUUUAUUAUGGUGGAGAGGAACAAUACUCACCUGUAGAUUUGAAUAAGAUAGUGACGUGGAGAAGGAGAAUGAAGAUAGCAGAGGAAGUUGCAACGGCUUUAGCUUAUCUUCACGUUGCGUUCUCAAGACCCUUUGUGUAUAGGAACAUGGGGUUACGUAAUAUAUUAUUGGAUGAAAAUGGCGUUGCGAAGUUGAAUGAUUUGUCUUAUUGUGUCUCCAUCCCAAAAGGAGAAACACAUGUUAAGCUUACUUGGGCAGGGAAAGACUACGAUUACAUGGACGAUGAUUAUAUAUUCAACCGCGUUGUGUCGGAGAAAACUGAUGUUUUCGGGUUUGGUGUUUUUAUGCAAAAGCUUUUGACAGGAGAAGAAAAAUUCGAGGAGCUUUGUGGUUGGAAGAACUGGAGAGAAAAAAACAAAUUCCCAAAGUGGUUGUCUACGUACAUGGGAGAAGGAAGAAUGGAUGAGAUCAUUGAUCCAAAGAUUAGUGAAGGUUCAGAAGAAGAAGAGCGUUGUCUAACGGAAGCUUUUCUUGUCCUCUCAGAAAGAUGCAUUGGUCUUAGAGGGGAAGUUCCGAAAAUGGUGGAAGUGGCCAAGGAACUAAAGAGAUCACUUAAACAAGGGGUUUAG